AUGCGAAAUCUCCAAUCAUUAGAUAGAAACGCAGGCGAAAUGUCGCAGUCGCAGGCAGUCUUCUCCCCCGGGCAGGUGAUCAUUCCGACCUCACGUGUAAAGAUGUCAUCCGCCGAUGGCGUCCACCAUCCUCCAUCAAAUGUUCACGUACCUCACCGCAUGAACCACCGGCGGCAACCUCUGCUGUUACAGUCACUCACAACGCCUAUUCAGAGUACAACCAAUUUUUCCUUUGAUCUCAAAGGUGGCAAAGGAAUGAGUCAAUUUCAUGAGAUUGAACUACGAGUUAGAGAUUACGAAACGGAUCAAUAUGGAGUUGUAAACAAUGCAAUCUUUGCUAAUUAUUGUCAACAUGCACAUCAUGAACAUUUGGAAAAGAUUGGCAUAAAUGUCGAUACAGUUGCUCAAACUGGCAAUGCUUUAGCUCCGUCAGAUUUAUCACUCAAGUUUCAUGGACCUUUGAGAAUUGGAGAGAGGUUUAUUGUGAGAGUGAGGAUAUCUGAUUCAUCGGCUACUCGCAUGUACUUUGAAGACUUCAUCUUCAAGAUCCCAAAUCAAGAGCCAAUUUUGGAGGCACAGGCGACUCUAGUUUGGCUUGACAAAAACUAUCGCCCAACUCGUAUUCCACCAGAGGUAAGAUCCAAACUUGUACAGUUUGUUCUUCAUGAUGAGGAAGACUGGUUCCAGUUUUGUGGGGGGAAAUAAGUAUUAGAAGUUUGUUUGCAUGAUAAAUAGUACUUGUGCAUGGAUAAUUUUUUCAUAAGUAAUGUGAUCAUCAUGUAAAUGUUGGCCU